AUUUCUACAAUAAUCAGUCCCUAAGGGCUUGAGACUGUUGCAUCAUCCCUUCUGGGUCCUGCACGCGGCGUACAGUUAACUGAAAUAACAGAAACGCGCUUUCACGAGAUUUCGCGAGAAUAUCUGGGAGGCUGGGCAGGCGUGGGGCGUAUGUAAAUCGCUGUGGGAGGGGAAGGGGGACCAGAGAUAAAUGGCUUCUUCUGCUUCCGAUCUGCAUAGUUUGGAGGCAGCAGGGAGCAAGGUGCGGCUGUUUCUUCGCAGACGUCGGUCUGACGUAUGAGACACACUUGGGCGCUCGCCCUCCCACAACACUUCAAACGCCGGAUCCUUCUGUCGGGUAGCCUGCUAUGCGCCCUGCUUUCUCACCUCGUAGAAUUUAGCUCCGAUGCUUGUAUUUUGAUGCCAAAAAAAGCUGUGGGAUUUUCUCCCCUUGAACUAAGUGCACAGAGAUGAAGAAGGUGAGGAGUGCGUGGAGACUAGUUUCAUCGCGGGAAAGGCGAGUCUAAACCUGAGCUCAGCCAUCUACCCGUGAACAUCAUUCCGUGCUGUAAUAAGGAUAGUUUGUUGAUUAUAAGUAACACAAUCAGACAUUAUCCAUCUGUCGAAUCGGUGUCAGACUGACAACUACGAGGAUGGUAAACAGAGGAGGGCUUUGGAACGAACUCGGAGGCCCAGCAUGGUGUGCUGUUGUAGAAAACAAAUGCUGGGCUGGUAUCCUCCUGCUCAUCAUCACUUCUACAGCUGCUCAUCGGAUAAAUCUACCAGGAACCGCCCACAUACAACUAAGUAACCUGGGGAGAGAGUUUUUCUUCUGGAGACUGGAGGACAACCCAGAGUUUGCAUCAGAUGCUGGGGUGUACAAAUUCAAUGAUCGUCUGGAAGAGUUCAGUUUUGAAAUGUUCCCUCGCAGAAAGGCCAUGGCAGAGAUGCAUCUCAGCAACCUUCUCACCAUCCCAGUCGAUGAGCUAUCCUCUAAAGACAAAGUCAACUACGCCAUUUUAAAGGACAUGCUGCAGACGUACAUUGAGGGAUACGCCUGGAGAGAGUGGAACUUUUUGAAUCCAUUAAAUCUCUUGGAAGGAAAUCAAAGAAACCCUGCAUUCUUUGUGGAAUCCACGCCAUUCGAAAACCGCGGCGAUUUUGAAAACUACAUCGUGCGGCUUCAAUCUAUGCCGCGACAGUUUGAUGAGUACAUCGCUCUUUUCAACAAGGCGAUCGUUCUUGGACGAACUUCUCAUAUAGUUUCAGUGAACAGAGUUCCAGGACAAAUUGAGAGAAUAAUUAGAGAGUCGGUGGAAAAUUCAGUCUACUUUUCUCCAUUCCUCGAUCUCCUAGGCAAUACAAGCAUGAGUGCCACAAUACAAUCAGAUGUUCGCGAAAGAGGGAGGCAAGCAGUCAGUGAAGUAUUCAAAGCCUACGACAAGCUGAAAAAGUACAUGGAAAAUACAUACUUCAAGCACACCCGGCAAGGCUAUGGGGUGGGCACCCUGCCGCAGGGCAAGGAGUACUAUCAGGCCUGCCUACGGUGGUACCUGUCGCUGAGCAUGAGCCCCGAGGAGGUUCACCAGCUGGGUCUGAGGGAGGUCGCCCGCAUCGAGGCACAGAUGAAACGAAUCAUGGUCAAGCAAGGUUAUGAUGGCUACUCUGUCGCAGAGUACUUUGACGAGUUGAGACGGAAAAUGUUUUACCUGCCUACAGGUGAAGACAUGUUGAGAGAAUAUGAGUUGAUUAUCGAGGACCGUAUAGAGCCCACCCUCAACGGACUUUUCAAGGACUACCCUGGACUGCCCUUAAGAGUGGAUCCUAUGCCUUCGGACGGCCCAAGAGGGCAAUACUCUUCAGGGACAGCAGACGGCACCCGCCCAGGAGUUUUUUACGCAAAUGUCCUCCGACCAGACGAAGUGCCAACAUAUCUUAUGAUGGCAUUGGCCUUACAUGAAACAAACCCUGGCCAUCACUUGCAGAUGAGCUACGCCAUGACUGCGGACUUGCCAGAAUUUCGCAAAAACAAAGAAUACACACCUAAAUACCGGGUUCCCUUUGCUUUCCCUACAUACACAGCGUACGUGGAGGGAUGGGCCCUGUACGCAGAGAAGCUGGGAGAAGAUCUCCACCUGUUCCGAGACGACUAUGAACUAAUGGGGUACUACGACUCCGCCCUGUUUCGUGCCUGUCGCCUGGUGAUCGACACGGGGAUACACUACUACAACUGGACAAGAGAACAAGCUGUAGACUAUUUUCUGCGCUACACGACGGAUUCCCGCGCUGGGGUGGAAGUGGAGGUGGACCGUUACAUCACGUGGCCAGGUCAGGCAUGCGCAUACACGAUCGGUCAGCUGAAGAUCACGGAGCUGCGGGCACGUGCUGAGGAACAGUUGAAGGAACAUUUCGACAUUCGAGAUUUUCACUCAGUGGUGUUAGAAAAUGGACCCGUGCCUUUACGAAUCCUGGAGUCUUUAGUGGAUGAUUGGAUUCAGAACCACCACAGGAAGGAUCCAAAAGACAAUGACACCAAUGGCGACGCUGUCGAGUGUAUGUGUCCACCUAACGCCGUCGUUAGUUCCAAAUGCCAAGCAUCCGGGUCAUCAAGACAGGUACACUUGCCCUGCGUGUAUCUAGUAACAAGUAUCUUAGCAUCCCUAACUUAUUUUUCUUCCGCAGUGUCUGGCGGUUUCAGUUACUAAUUUCUGUUCUUGUGGGUAACGAAUGUUCUGAAAGAUGUCAACUACAGCAAGAACGCACAAUCAAAACUAUAUACAUAUCGUUCACAUAUUUUGUAUAUCAACACUUCCACGCGCUUGCCUCUGGAGACUUUUCAUUGUUAGAUAAAUUUGUGAAUAGUUUGUAAGCAACAAUCAUUUCCUUGUGCUUAUCUGCAGGCUAAAAAUCCUUUACUCUGAGGACAUCCUGUGGCUAGGCAACAAACUUUGUUCACAGCGAAACUAAAACUCAGUCGAAGUCUCUCGGACUCUCUUUAAUGAUUUGACCCAAAGCCUUGCCUCCAUCAGCAAUGUCAUUUUUUUUUUUUGGGGGGGGGGGCAGUAAUCUGCAGUUCUUUACAAAUGAGCAAAAUGUCCUCUUUAAGAUAUAAAUCUGUUAAAAGUGUGUGUUUCGCUUGACUUUCAAUCAAGCUUGCCUCUCAUGAUGACACCCACUCACAGCGCACCACUGACAAGAAAUGCAAUGUCUUACGUGCUGGGUGAUGACUGUGACCCACUUCUGACACAAUCUUGCGGACCAAGAAAAUUGUCAGAAAAUGCCGCAUUGUAAAUGAAGCCUGGCGGCAAAAUUAAGCAGUGAAGUUUUAUUUCACUGUCACCAGAUUCAUCUAAGGAAUAUUUCUCAAGAAGGAAAAUGUGGCAGACGUAAGUCAACUGUAAAUGAUGUCAAACGCAACAAUAAACAUUUUGUGUUAUCAUCUUGCUUGGCGAUGGUUUCAGAUAUAUAUAAAUACUAUGCCAUCACUUGUAGCACCAAUGAUUUUUAAGUGUACUGUUUUUGUUGGAAUAGACAAGUGAUGUAUAAAAUAAAGUCACUUAAGGAGUUCACAAUAAAUAGAGUUGGAAGACAGAAUAAAA